AUGGGCAAAAAACGUGUUCUCGUCGGCUACGGUGUCGAUAUUGAUGCAGUCGCGGGCUGGUUAGGCUCGUACGGUGGAGAGGAUAGCGUGAGCGACAUCAGUCGCGGACUUUGGGCCGGACACAUCGGAACAACGAGACUCCUCAAAUUGUUCGAUAAAUACAACAUCAAGGCAUCGUGGUUCAUCCCCGGCCAUUCCCUAGAGACAUUCCCCGAAGAAUGUGCGCAGGUCCGCGAUGCCGGCCACGAAAUCGGGCUACAUGGCUACUCACAUGAGAACCCAGCUAGUAUGACAAAGGAGCAACAAAAAGACAUCCUCGAUAAGACAUAUAAGAUGAUCCGGGAUUUUUGUGGAAAGCCUCCAAGAGGAGUUGUAGCUCCGUGGUGGGAGUCUAGCGCGGAAAUGGUCGAACUUUUGCUCGCUUAUGGCAUUGAGUAUGAUCACUCGAUGUCGCAUGAGGACUGUCAGAUGUACUGGUUGAGAACGGGAGACUCGUGGACAAAGAUCAACUACAACGAAAAGGCGGAGACGUGGAUGAAGCCUUUGGUUCGGGGCGAGACUACCGGACUGGUGGAAAUUCCAGGCAGUUGGUAUAUCGACGAUCUACCACCGAUGAUGUUUAUCAAGAACUCUGCAAACAGUCAUGGAUGGGUCAAUCCACGUGAUAUUGAAGACAUUUGGAAGGAUCAUUUCGAUUAUUUCUACCGAGAAUACGACGAGUUUGUUUUUCCGAUGACAAUUCACCCGGAUGUGUCUGGACGACCACAUGUUCUUCUGAUGCACGAAAGAAUCAUCGAGUACAUCAACAAACAUGAAGGCGUGGAAUGGGUGACAUUUGAACAGAUGUGUGAUGAAUUCAAAAAGAAGAAUGAMCCUCCUCAGGGCGCAAAACUMCCCGCCGUUAAUCCCAUCAUAUAG